CCCAAAUCAUUAAAUUCAAGGUUGAUGUGCCUCUUCCCAUCUGAUAUCAACUCCGGUUUACUUUCCAAGGCGGAGCCUCGUCCCUCAGCCUUGCAAGCCGCAUUUACCCCGCGCCCCACAUGAGGUGUCCCACCUUCUAAAGUUUCGAGAAUUGGGGGGGCAUUGAUUGACUCACACGUUGGUUUGCACAGCUAUUUCAUUCUCUGGCCGUUUCCGUCAUUGCGUUGCCCAAACCGAGGCGCUACCAUCCACAACCUGAGCUACCCCUGGCAAUCGCACCCACCACAAUCACUGACCAGAAAGAUAACCAAAAUCUACAUGUCCAAACAAGGUGGUAAGGGUGCCGCCGGCAAGGGCAAGAAGCCUGCCAAGGCUGGCGGCGAUGACAAGAGAGAGGAUGCCCUCCAGGCUGUGAUCAUUGCCGAUUACUUCCAAGACAGAUUCAGACCAUUCACUCUGGAUAAGCCUAGGUGUCUUCUCCCCUUGGUCAACAUCCCAGUCAUCGAGUAUACCCUCGAAUUCCUUGCCUCGAACGGCGUACAGGAGGUCUUUAUAUACUGCGGCACACACUCCGAAGACAUCGAGCAAUACAUCCACGAGUCCACACGAUGGAGCCCCAACAGCGCCAUCUCCCCCUUCUCCUCCCUCGAGUUCAUCCGAGUAUCCGACGCCACCUCAGUCGGCGACUUUCUUCGCGACCUGGACAAGCGCAGUUUGAUCUCGGGCGACUUCAUUCUCGUCCAUGGUGACCUGGUCGCCAACAUCCAGCUAGAUGGCAUCCUGGCCAAGCACAGAGCGAGAAGGGAAGCGAACCGCGAUGCCUGCAUGACAGUUGUUUUGCGCUCCGUUGGAGAGGAACCACACAGAGCCGCCAAAGCUCGAGGUAUCACGCCUGUCUUUGUUAUCGGUGACACAGACGGCAGGUGCUUGCAGUACGAUGAGAUCCACCCAUUAAUGAAGGACCGACGACUACUUUUGGACCCUUCAGUAUUCAAGCACGGAUCUUUCGAAUUACGAAGCGACCUUAUCGACUGCGGUAUCGAUAUUUGCACACCCGAUGUCUUGGCCUUGUGGUCUGAGAGUUUCGAUUAUGAGCUGCCGAGGAAAAACUUUUUGCAUGGUGUGCUGAAGGAUUGGGAACUAAACGGCAAGUUGAUCUACACUGAGAUCUUCGAGGACGGGUACGCGGCCCGUGCCAGCAACCUGCAGAUGUACGAUUGCAUCAGCAAGGAUAUUCUCGAGCGAUGGGUGCUCCCCUUUGCGCCAGACAGCAACCUCAUGCACGACCAAUCAUACCAGAAGGUCAAGAACAACUCUUUCGUCGAGUCGGGCGUAUUGGUAGAAAGAGGGAGCAAGGUGUUACAGUCGGCCAUUGGGAAGGACACAUCCAUCAAGGCUGGGAGCGUUAUCUCGGGCAGCGUUGUUGGGAGGAGGUGUCAGGUUGGCAAGAAUGUCAAGAUCAAGGACAGCUACAUCUUUGAUGAUUCCACCAUUGAGGAUGGUGCCGUCAUUACGCACUCGAUAUUGGCAGGCGGUGUCAAGAUUGGAGCGAAUGUGCGAAUCCCAGAGGGGUCCCUGAUUUCCUAUAAUGUGGAGAUCGAUAGAGAUGUCAGGCUGCCAACAAAGCUACCAGCGCGGAUUUCCGCCAAGACGGAUAACGGUCAGCCCGUUGAGAACGACGCUUCUCUUGUGGGGCCGGGUGGAAAGGGUGCCGUCUACAGCGUCACGGCAGACGACUCAGAUUCGGAUUCUGAUGAUGAGGGUGAUGGAGACCCAGCCCAGCUACAAAACAACCUCAUCUACUCACUCGAGGGCCUCAACAUCUCCACAUUAUCUGUCUCUACGCUCGCAUCAGAGGACGACUAUGACUCAGAUGAGGAUGACGAGCAUGCUGGAUACUUGCAUGCUGGUGAUGGGCAGAGGGAGCGCCUGUCAUCAUUUACCUCUGACGAUGCCUCCAAACUUGACGCCUUCCACGGUGAUGCAGUCAAUGGCUUGGUGGACGCUCUUCGGGGGGAUGACAAUGCAGACUUUGACUCGGCCAAGCUGGAGUUCAUGGGUCUUAGGUUGGCUAACAACGCUUCAGACAGCUCCAUGCGCCGCGCUAUUGCCGUUGCGUUUACCAAGCGUGCGGCCGAGAUGUUGACCCCAGAGCAUGGUGGUCUGGAACCAGCCAAGGCUGCCGAGAGAGUUCUCAAAGACAAGAACGGGGCCGUCAAGUUCAUCAAGGAUGUCGGUGUUGGUGGUGACGAUGUCAAGCAACAAACCGAGUUUGCGCUUGCGCUGCAGAAGGGGCUGGUGAGCGUUAGGGGACUUGAGCCUAGUAGAGCUGGGACACUCCUUGCUGCUUUGCUUCAGCAGCUUUACACCUUGGAUGUGCUUGAGGAGGAUGGUAUUCUCGCUUGGUGGGCUGAUAGGAGAGCUGACGAGGGUGACACGAUGACCACUGUCAAGGAGAGGUGCAAGGUUUUGGUGGAUUGGCUGGAGGAGGCGGAUGAGGAGGAUAGUGAUGAGGAUGAGGAUGAUGAGGACAGCGAUUAAGCUGCAGGAGUAUGCCAAGUUCAUUGGGUCAGCAUCGUUGACAGGUGUGCAUAGCCAACCGGUGUUUGGUGUCAUCGUCAAAUGGGUGGGAUAUAGCGUGCCACACAGCCUACUCCUCCUAGGAUAGAUGGAUACCCUUAUGAUUCGAGCUUUUUACUGUUCAUGACUGGGAAUCAAAAG